UAUAGUUGAACUUUAUUGGUUCCGGCAUAAGUUAACGGUUAUUGCCCGCAUAAACAAGGUCUAUAUAAAAAGUGCAAUUAAUGAUUUGUUGAAGUGAUUGAAAAUAACUUGUUUGAAAAAUUUUAUUCGGCGUAAAGAACUAUUUGUAUUUAUUUGUACAAUAUAUUAAAUAUUGUAACAUUAACAUUUCGAAAAUGUCUAAGAACAAGCAUUAUACAGUAUUGGAAAGAAAAGUUUUCUUAGAAAUAUUAAAUGAUUUUAAACAUAUCAUUGAACUAAAGAAAAGUGAUACUUCAACUCUUCAUGAUAAAGAAAUUGCGUGGAACGAAAUUUGCAAACGAUAUAACGAAUCUUCAAUGAUUUCACAAGAGCGUACACUUCAACAAUUAAAAAAGUUGUGGACAAAUCUCAAACAGACUCAAAGAGAUUUAUUAACAAAAGAAAAACAGGCUCGUUUGGCAACUGGUGGUGGUCCACCACCUCCAGACAUAAAUUUAGAUCCUGAUGUAGCCACAAUAGCACCACAUCUUAUGACAACGGCACCUGUUAUUUUUACAUCAAAUAUGACAGAAAACGAAAUUGAUGAAAAAAGUAAAGAUAUUUUUAAUAUUCUACAAGAUGAUACAGGCACUAUAUUAUAUAAAAAUAUAUUAUAUAAAAAUAAUAAUGACAAAGUAAAUGACGAAAUAAUUGAAAUACAAGAAGAUACAAUAACCGAAGAAACAUUAGACAAAGAAAAUGAAAAAUAUGACUUUUUAAAUAAAGUGAAUUCUGUGAAAAGAAAGGGUUCGGAUAACAUUAAUGUGCAAACUAGAAAACCAACAAAAAUACAGAAAAAUGCGUUANAAACUCUUGAUAACGACGAAAAUGCUGUAAAAAUUGAAAGAAUAAAAAAGAUAAUGGAAGAUGAAAGAGAAAUGGCAGACUUACGAAAAGCUCAUGAAAACAGAAUGAUCAUAAUGAAAGAAACUUUUCAUACUGAAUUAUAUGCUUUAGAAAUUCGAACAGCUACUGCGAAAGCCGAACUAGCUGAAUUAGAACUUAAAAAAGAAAAAGAAAAAUACAUGCGUUUAUAAGAGAAUGACUAAACCCAAAGCAUAAAAAAUAUGUGUUUACGAGAGAAUAUGACUGAACUAAACUCAAAGCAUAAAAUAUCUUUAAGUUUGUUUUGUACUUAUAAAGUUUAAUGUUGUUUAAUGUGUUUAAAUUAUUAUUUUAUUUGUUGCAAGUUAAAAAGAGUACAUUGUAUACAGAGUCAUAUAUAAAGAGUGCAUAUAUGUUAAUAUAGUUUAU